AUGAAUUCUGCUAUCAACGAUCCUGCAAACAAAGUGAUAAAUGUUAUAAAUGAACACAAUGAUCCUAAAAUCAAUGAAAUGGCAAGAAGAAUAGUUCAAAGUUAUUCAAAAAAUGAGUCAACUGCAGUAAAACAAACGUUGGCUAUUGCACCAACCAUUAAUAAUCAAGAACAAUUAUAUGAAGAUAUUUUAGAUAUUUUUAGGAGGUUUGGUGUAGAAUUUAUCAGCAACCAAAAAGUGCCAUACAUCAUACGUGUUAUUAAUGGUGAAAAGUUAAAGUUUGUUUCCAUACGGAUGGCUGAAGCUUAUGUACUCAAAAAAUUUUUAGAUUGUUUAAAUCCAGAUAUUUAUGCAUGCACAUCAGUAAAAAGUUAUUUUAUCACUGACAAUGAAGCAUUGUUAUUAGAUAAAAUCAACCAAUAUCAUGCUCAUUUCGCUUUUGGGAAAAAAAAAUUCUUAAGAACAAAAGAUUGUAUUGUACGUAUAGAAGAUGUUCAUCAAAUGCGUACAUUCAUGGAAGUAUGUUAUACAACAUUUGCUUGCAAUAUUGAUACAAGUCGCAAACAAAAAUGCGGUCUUAUAAAUAUUAACAACAUUCUAUGCUCUAUACCAUAUUGUAUUAAAGAUAACCAAAAAUACAUUCCUCUAUUAUAUUUUCAAUAUUUAAAUGAAGAGGAAAUACAAACAGCUGUAAAGUUUGAAAAUUGGGACUUGGCCUAUCUGAAGCUGUGUUGUAAAGUUCAUGGUAUCAAUGAUGAUCUCAUCACUAGUGACUCUUGCAUGGUGGUCAGUCUUGAUGACAUCAAGACAUUUUAUUCAACAGAUUUAAAUUUUGAGGAUUUUUGGCCAUUAAAUAUAGAUUAUACACAGUUCAUAAACGUGAAACGGAAAGAUCUAUCGGGGACAUGGAUCAGAAGACCCGUUACUGUAGUACCUGCAAAGAAUAAUAUUUCUCGCGCUUUGACAGCAUCAGCAACCGUGACAUCUAAUAGUAUUCCAGUAAUGAUGAACACCAAUCAAAAUGGACAGCAAACAAACAAAAUGAGACAAAAUAUGUUGCUUGUGUUUUCACUAUGUAUUUAA